ACAACAGGAACCCCUUAUUUGUUAUCCCUUGGACUCUCGAAAGCAUACAUGUCAUUAGUAUGGAUUGCUGGACCACUUUCAGGGCUUCUCAUGCAACCAAUUGUCGGUGUAGUAUCAGAUAGGUGCACUUCAAGAUUGGGUAGACGAAGACCUUUUCUUAUCGGAGGAAGUGUUUUUGUCAUAUUGAGUCUUUUGAUUAUUGGAUGGACAAAAGAAGUAACCUCUGUACUGACUGGUGCACAGAGUGGAGAUACGUUUAAGAAAGUGUCAAUUGGAGUAGCCAUCUUUGCUAUUUAUUUGUUGGAUUUUAGUAUAAACUGUGUCCAAGCAUCUUGUAGAGCGCUCUUGGUUGAUUCUCUUCCACCUUCUCAGCAAGAGGAUGGAACUGCCUGGGCAGGUCGAAUGGUUGGAAUGGGAAAUGUCAUUGGAUACUUUAUGGGUUAUGCUGACCUUGUUUCUGCUUUCCCAUUUCUUGGAAAUACCCAACUUAAAGUGCUUUGUGUUUUUGCCUCAAUUGUACUUGUAGUGUGUGAUGCAAUCACCUGUUACGCAGUUAAAGAGCGAGUUUUAUCAAAGGAUUCAAGAAAGAAAUCCCGUGGAUCACCAUUUAAAACGUUCUCAGACAUCGGUAAGCAUAUUUGGAAUCUUCCAAAACCUAUACGCCGCAUAUGCAAUGUCCAAUUCUUUGCUUGGAUCGGAUGGUUCCCAUUUCUCUUCUAUUCCACUACAUGGGUCGCCGAGAUCUACGAUCAAGAAGCCUUGAAACGGCCAGAAAAUUCCGCAGACGAUGCAGUUGGCCAGGCAACCCGCGCUGGAUCAUUUGCUUUCCUGAUCUAUUCACUCGUUUCACUUGGAGCAUCAUUUAUCAUUCCAUUGAUCGUAUCCCCCUCUUUUCGGGAAGAUUACACACCAGCCCCGACAUAUAAUCUAGAAUUCAAGUUUCGUGGUCGAAAGCAUGUCUUCACUCCAUCAAAAUACCUCAAGAUCUCCUUUCUUACGCUUCCUCGCGCAUGGACAAUAAGCCAUGUUAUAUUCUGUAUUGCUAUGCUCUGCACCAUAUUUGCUAAGGAUGUUGUUGCAGCCUCGGUAGUAAUCGGCAUAUGUGGAAUUAGCUGGUCAAUCACCAUGUGGGCUCCAUUCUCACUUUUGGGUGAAUAUAUUGCACAAAACGAAGCACGCUACGGAGGAAUGUCAUCAGCAAGACAAAAUGGUGACGGACAUCGUCUUGACAAAGAUGAUACUCCCUCUGCAGGAGUUCUCCUGGGAAUUCACAACAUGUAUAUUGUUCUUCCUCAAUUCUUGGUCACUUUCUUCAGUAGUAUUAUGUUUCAUUUCUUAGAGAAGAAUCUACCAGAAGGAGAAGACGCUUCACCUGAUGCCAUUGGAGUAGUUCUUAGGUUUGGUGCAAUUAUGGCUGGUGUUGCUGCAUACUUUAGUAUGCGUGUCAGAUAA